AUGUCUUCCUCAACCUCACCAUCAUCAAGCAUCACCACCGUGCUCACAGAGCAAUACUUCUACGUCGAUCCAGCCGUCCAUCUCAUCGUCCGCGAGCAUCAGAAGCGGCCAUACAAGCAGCAAUUCUCUACCGCGCUGCCCGACGUCACCCGCAUGGAGAGGGCUCUACGCUUCAUCAUGCCCGAAGCCGCCUGGAACAAGAUGCUGACCGCGAAGUGGGACAAAUACCUUCGUGGCCAGUACGACAAGAUCAUCAAAUUCGAGAGUGAUAGGCAACCAGAGAUCUGGCAGUGGGCGGUGGACGAGGUGAAGCGGAAGGUGGACGACUUCGAGCACGCCCAGCAGCUCAAGCUGGAGGAGAUGGAGGCGGCCGCGGCGGCGAUGAACAGGUCGGGGACGUGCCUUUACGGCUGUUGUGGAGAUCGCGCUUUCAGGCACUAG